AUGCGGUUUUUGGUAGCAACUCUAAUGAAGAUUUAUCCUGAGGAGGAACUAAAGGAAAGCUUUGAACGAGUGGCUUAUGUCAUUUCAAUUGAUGGGAAAUCCCACUCUCUGCGUCUCACGAACUACUCAUUCUUAUCCCAGGAUUUUUUGGUUUAUACAUAUGAUAAAAAUGGAUCGUUUUAUACUGACUUUUCACACAUUAUGCCGCAUUGCCAUUACCGAGGGUAUGUUGAUGAAUUUCCAGAUUCCACUGUGACCCUCAACAUCUGCUCUGGCCUCAGGGGAUUCCUACAGUUUGAAAAUAUCACCUAUGGAAUUGAACCACUGGAGUCUUCAGCAAGAUUUGAGCACAUAGUUUAUCAAGUGAAAAAUGGCAAUUCAACGUUAGCAAAAAAUUACAGUCGCAUUUGGCAAACAGACCAGCUGGAUAAAGGUCAUUUCGAUGCACAGGAUAAAAAUGAUUCACAACUAUUACCUCAAAGUCUAAAACUACACAUGAUAGUGGGAAAAUCUUUGUACGAUUAUAUGGGAUCCAACAUUAUGGCCGUAACACAGAAAAUUUUCCAGAUUAUUGAGCUUGUCAACACAAUGGUUACUCAGCUGGAACUGACGAUUGUGUUAGCCUCCUUGGAACUGUGGGCAGAUAAAAAUCAAAUUUCUACUGAUGGAGAUGCUAAUGACAUUUUACAAAGACUUUUGGAUUGGAAACGAGACUAUCUUACCCUACAGUCCCAUGAGAUAACACACUUACUCAUUUACAGGAAACAUCCAAAAAAUAUUGGAGCAACAUCACCGGGUGAAAUAUGCAAUAAAAGCUCUUUUGCGGGUAUUGUCAUGUAUCCAGAAGACAUAGGUUUGGAGGGAUUAUCGGUAGUUAUCACUCAGCUGAUUGGCCUUCAAAUAGGAUUGUCAUAUGAUGAUGUCAGUAAUUGUUCCUGUCCCAGAGCUCCAUGCAUAAUGCAACAGGGAGCCAUGAGUUCCAGUGGGGUGAAGACUUUUAGCAACUGUAGCAUGCAUGACUACAAGCACUAUGCCUCAAAAUUUUUUGAGGGAUGCCUUGGCAACCUUUCAGAUGUGCAAAAAUUAGCACAGAGUCAGCCCGUGUGUGGUGACGGAAUUGUGGAAGCUAAUGAAGAGUGUGACUGUGGAAAUGACAUGGAAUGCCAGUUUAAAGAGUGCUGCAACUUUGAAACAUGCAGGCUGAAAGCCUCUGCAAAGUGUGGCUCUGGACGAUGUUGCACACCAAGCUGUGAGCUGUCACCAGCAGGCACUCCCUGUAGGAAGGCUGUUGACCCGGAAUGUGACUUCACAGAAUACUGCAAUGGAUCCUCUAACCACUGUGUUCCCGACACCUUUGCGCUGAAUGGUCACUUGUGCAGGCUGGGAGCUGCGUACUGCUACAACGGACGGUGCCAAGCUCUCAACGACCAGUGUGUCGGUUUAUUCGGAAAGGGUUCGAAAGGCGCCUCCUAUGCCUGUUUUGAGAAAGUUAAUUCACCACGUGGAAAACUGGCAAGCUGUGGUUUUAAAAAUUCAUCCCAAUGUGCACAAAAGGAUGUUCUCUGUGGGAAAUUAGCUUGCUUUCAGCCACACAAGAAUCAAAAAAGCGCAGCCCGGUCUGUGGUAUAUUCAUACGUCCAUAACAGGGUGUGCCUGUCCACGCCUCCCGGGUUAUCUAUGAGGUCAGAUGGCAGAGAUUAUGCGUUUGUGGCUGAUGGCACUGUGUGUGGACCCCAGAUGUAUUGCAUAAACAGAACUUGCCAAGAAGUUGAUCUAACAAGAAAUGACUGUAAUGCCUCUAAGAAGUGCAAAGGGAAUGGGGUAUGUAAUAACUUUGGUCAUUGCCAAUGCUUUCCUGACUACAUGCCUCCAGACUGUAAACUACAGAUUGGGUCACCAGGGGGCAGCAUCGACGAUGGAAACGUUCUCAAAUCAGACAUAAUUUUGAUGGCAAAGAGCUUCAGCAAGCAUCAGGACAGCUGGAUGAUCCUGGGCUUCUUCAUCGUUCUGCCUUUUGUCCUAAGUCUCAUCAUUGGGAUCAUGAGGAGAAACGAGAGGAGAAUCCUGCCUCAGAGAUAA